AUGGUGAGAAAAUCUGUUAGCAUUGGAGGAUUCUCAGGGUUCAAGGUGAAUGAGGAAGUGUCCUAUGAUUUUCUGCAAUUUGCUGAUGACACAAUAUUAUUGGGGGAAGACUCGUGGAGGAAUUUAUGGGCAAUAAAAUCUGUCUUGAGAGGUUUUGAAAUGAUUGUUGGUCUGAAAGUCAACAUGAGUAAGAGUAAGUUGUAUGGGGUGGGCUUAGAGGAAUCGUUUUUACAGGCUGCCAGUCAGUUUCUUUUGUGUAAACUUGGAGAAUUUCCUUUCAAGUUCUUAGCUUUAGUGGUGGAAGAGAUUAAUAGAAUUCAGAGGAAGUUCUUGCGGAAUCACACUGAGGAUAAGAAAGGUAUGCAUUGGUUAGGAGAUGGCAACAUGAUACCAUUCUGGAAGGUUCGUUGGAUAAGGCAAAGACCUUUGAGUGAGGUAUUUCCAAAUCUGUAUAUGGUUAUUCCUAAUGGUGGUGUGUGCGUGAAUUCUAUGAGGUCUUGGUCUGAUGACCGCUGGAGAUGGCAGAUUGUUGCAGGCUCGAAAAUGGCAAACAUGGAUGCUUUGAAUGAUAAGAUAGAGUUGGUGGAAAUCUUGGUUGAUGUUUUUCCUAGAAGGGAUGUGAAUGAUUCAGUCGUAUGGACUUUGGGAGGAAUAGGCGAGUAUACGGUGAAAUCUUACUAUUCUGAAUUGUUGAAUGAAGAUGAUAUGGUUAGGAAGGAUGACAAUAUCUUGGAGGCUGUUAAGAUGGUCUGGAAGUCGUGUGUUCCAUCUAAAGUCAGCAUUUUUGGCUGGAGACUAUUGAAAAAUCGAUUGGCAACGAGGAAACUUAUGGUUGAUAAAGGUAUAAUUCAGGUUGAAUUGGAAAGUAGGUGUGUGUUUUGUUGCUUGCAGAUAGAGGAAGUAAAUCAUUUUUUCCUUAAUUGUACUAUGAUUAGGAAAGUUUCGGAGAAGGUUCAUUGCUGGGUGGGGAUUGCAAGUAAUGAAGGAACUGUGUGUCCAUCUCAUUUUGGAAACAUGUUGGCUAAUUUGCAGGGAUCACGUGCUCUUAAAAGAGCAGGGGCGUUGUGGCUAGCAACUUGUUGGUGUAUUUGGAACCAGCGAAACGAUAUUAUAUUUAACAAUGGUGUCCCGGAUGUGGAUGAGAUCGUUCAUAAGUUAAAAAUGCACACAUGGUGGUGGUUGGGGAUUGGAACUAAAAGGAAAGCAAUGUGUAAUUGGUAUGAAUGA